AUGAUUGUAAGUGGACGAAAAAACAACAUUUUUCAAAAAUAAUAAUUUGCAGACAUCACAUUCACCUGGAUCAAGAGGAAUUACAAAUAAAUUAAACGAUGUGCAAAUGGAGCGAAGUGAAAUGGCUCCCGGGCCUGAUUUGAUGGUGACAGCUGAGGACGAGAAAAGUAAAUCGACAUCAAAAUCGAUUGAAGAGACAAAAGACGCGAAAACUGCGAUUCCUGGUGCUGUAACCGCUCCUAAUCUGAGCAAUGCGUCGGAAAAUAAAGGGGCUUCCGCUUCGCAAAACGCUAGAAUAAUCCGGAAAUUGAAAUUGCGAAAAAUUGCGAAUUGGACAGGUUGCAAUGGUGCGCAACUUGACGAUGAACCAUUUUAUCAUGGAUAUAUGUCUAGAGAUGAAGCUGAGAGAUUGAUGAAAAACCAGGGCGAUUUUUUGCUCCGCAAGACAGAAAUCCAAAAACGUGGAAAUUGCAUUUGUGUGACUGUUUUAUGGGAUAAUAAUUGUUAUCAUAUGAUAAUUGAAAGAGCUAAAUCCGGAUUAUUUUAUCUGAAAGAUUUCUGUUUUGAAAAUAUGAGUGAUUUGAUUCGAUAUCAUCAACAAAAUCGAGUUGAGAUUUAUCACACUGGUAUAAAACUGAUUUCAUGGGUUGUGAGAGAGGAAUGGCAAUUGUAUCAUGAACAAAUAUCAUUGGGAAAGAAAUUGGGAAACGGUGAAUUUGGCGAGGUAUUUCAAGGUGUUCUAUCAGUUGGUGUUUUUACAAAAGAUGUCGAUGUGGCGAUUAAAACAAUGAAAGGUGAAAAUGUGACGGCUGAUGAGAAAAUCACAUUUCUUCGAGAAGCUAAUUUAAUGCUCAAAUUGCACCAUAAAAAUGUGGUAAGAUUAUACGGGGUGGCGACGCAAAAAGAACCGAUUAUGAUUGUUAUGGAAUGUUGUAGUGGAGGAAGUUUGAGAGGAAGAUUGGAUAAGAAUUUUGAUGAGUUGAGCGAGGAAACGCAGAGAAAGUUUGCGAAACAGAUUGCAAAAGGAAUGCGAUAUUUGGGUGAGUCUGGUUGGAAAACGUGGAUUUUGUAUCGACAUAUUUCAACAAAAAUAUUUUUCCAGAAGAAAAGCAAGUGAUUCACCGUGAUUUGGCCGCUCGAAAUUGUCUUCUCGACAAAAAUGACACGUGUAAAAUCAGCGAUUUCGGUCUUUCGCUCCUCGGAAAAUCGCACAAAGAACGAAAGUUGCUGAAAGUGCCUGUCCGUUGGCUCGCCCCCGAAACCCUCUCAAAAGGAAUCUAUUCCUCAAAAUCCGAUGUUUGGAGUUUUGGUGUGGUGUGUUUCGAGAUUUUCAGCGGAAAAUAUCCGUAUGAUGAGAUAAAAGUGUUGAAAGAGGUUCGAAAACAGAUAUUGGAGCAUGGUUUGCGACUUCGUCCACCAGAAAAAAUACCGAAAUUCGACGCGGAUUUGAUGUUGAUGUGUUUUGAUAAAGUCGAGACGAGACCCACUUUUGAGGAGAUUUGUGAAAAGUUGGUUAUUUUUGAGGGAGAAGUGGGUUAUUCUCUUGGAUAAAAUCCAUUAUUUAAAUUUUGGUGCCAAAAACCUGUUGUGAAAUCUGAAUUUUCAAAAAAUCAGGUAUUUAGAAAUAAUUUUUACGCAAAAUUCUUAAGAAAAAAUUAUAUAUUCCUGGAAAAAAACGUACAAAUAUUUUACCUAAUCCCUUUUUAUGUUCAAAAAAAAAAAAAAUUUUUUCUUCUUUUUUUUCAGAUACAAAGAAGUAUCACACGGCAUUUCGUUUGGCUCAAUUGCACAAAAAUUUGGAUUCAACAAAAAUAAUUGA